AUGGACCAUCAUUUAAAAAUAAGCAACAAAAUUCACAACGAAAGGGUAAAAGAAAAUAGAGACGUCUCACAACGAUUAAUAGAUGUAACUUGUUUCCUGGGAAAGCAUGAACUAAGUUUUAGGGGUCACAAUGAAGCAAGUGGAUCCGCCAAUCGAGGAAAUUACAUGGAUCUUCUAAGCUUUUUAGCAAAAUACGAUGAUACGCUAAAAAAUUAUUUUAUUGAUUCGACGACUUUCCGAGGAUUGUUUUACGUCAUAAGCGAACGAACUGCAGAUGCAUUGUUUAAAGUUGUUUGUGACAUUAUUUCAAGUGUAGAAUAUAGUUCUAAGCUUGUUGCCCAGAGCUACGAUGGUGCUGCCGUGAUGGCUGGCUAUUUAGGAGGUCUUCAAGCUAAAGUUAAAGAGAAAUUUAAACAUGCAAUUUUCGUUCACUGUAUAGCACAUAGACUUAAUUUGGUUUUAUCGCGAAGCAUGGAUAAUAUUAAAGAUUGCAAAGUUUUCUUUUCGACGCUUAGUGGUUUGUCUUCCUUCUUUUCAAAGUCAUCGAAAAGAACUCGCCCUUUGGACAUUCACGUUCAAAAAAGGUUUCCAAAAGUUGUUCCGAGUACUAACCAUCCCAGCCACAAGUGCGUCAGUUGA